UGACAGGUGUGAAGUUCGUUUCUAAGUGAGGUGUGCAUGGGCAACACGUUGGUCUCGUUUUUUAUUUAGUUGUUAUGAUGGUUCCCGUGUGAACUAAGACUUUCAUGUGCGCAACAACUUGACGGAAUCGUGCACGUACAUGGGGUGCAUCAUGGGUCUUUGGAGACAAAUCCGAGUUUUGCACUAUAGAAACACGUGCAUCCGUAGACACCAGUGGCUGGCCUCUUUGUUUGAGAUCCUCCUGCCGACUCUGGCCUUUGCACUAGUGGCUUACACCGGUGCACGAAAUACAUUCGAGCAUAUUACCACGAAUGAAACAAUCUGGCCCACGUACAGUGACGAUUUCGUCACUAAAAAUGGAUUUUGGGAUUUCAAAGAUGUAAUCAAUAUCGUAUACACUCCUCAAAGCAGAGCCACCCAACGAUUGGUCAAUGAGAUGGUGUCGAUUUUACAGGACAAGACCAAAGAUACAGAUCGGAAAUUCAACGUGUCAACUGCUGACUCGGAGGAGGAGAUAGAGGACAUUUUCCGUCGUAAGUUCUUCAACCCUUUGAGGGACCUCGCCCCCGGUUUCGGAAUCCACUUCACUAACAUAAACCCGAACACCCCCGAAGAGCUACCAACCAAUUUGGAGUUUGUCAUUCGCCCUGUGACCAGCAUGUUAGAAACAGAUCAAUUGUUCAUAUCAACUGGUCUUCAAGUCUGGGGUGUCUAUCCUGCUUACUUGAGCUUUGGAUUCGUGGGAAUCAACUUGGCACUAAACGAGGCUUUCCUGAGAUUGACUGCCCGCGAUGCUGGUGUCUCUGUACCCCGGAUAUUAAUAAAGCAAUUCCCUUCGCCUCGAACAAGUCAAGAUGUUGCGAUUUUUAAAGUAACCGAUUUUUUGCCUGGCUGGUGCAUGUUCCUCGUCACUCUCAUUUUUUUGUUCAUUUUGAAGAACGUGAUCUCCGAGAAGGAAACUGGAGCAAAGGAACUGAUGAAGAUGAUGGGUCUGAAAGGUUGGAUGAACUGGCUUGGCUGGAUAAUGGGUGUUCUUAUGACAAGCAUUUUUGCUGUUACAAUUUGUGUUUUUCUUCUCACGGUUUCUAUUUUUGGCCAACCUCCACUCCUGGCCUCAGCCACUGUACUUUGGGUUUUUUUAAUGUUCUACAUUUAUGCUGCUAUUGGCUACGCAUUUUGUCUCUGUCCAAUGUUCAAAAGGCCGACGUUGGCUAUUUGCAUUGCCAACGUCUUAUGGCCAAUGACCGGCAUAGCUUACAAAUUAGAAAUACCGGAAGAUUCGGACUUCGGAUUCCUCGAUAAAUAUUUAUAUUUGAUACCUAACGUAGCUCUACGUCGAGGCUGGGAUACAUUCAGUUACUUUGAAGAAAGAGGUGGCGCGCAUUGGUCAGACCUCUUCACACGGCCCAGUAGUGAACACAAUUUUUCUUUGGCCGUUGUUUUUGGCAGUUUCAUACUGCAAUGCUUCAUUUUUGGCACCAUUGCCUGGUAUCUAGAUGCUGUUUGGCCGGGUCCUUACGGCAUUCCCGAGACUGCGCUCUUUUUCCUGAAGAAAUCAUAUUGGUGGUCAAACGCAGGAAGUAAAGAGAGGGAGGACGACUGGGAUCCAGAAAAAGUAAAAAAUUUUGAGCGCGUGCCACCGAACUUGAAGCCUGGGAUAAAAGUUCGCAACUUGAGAAAAUCGUUCAAAAAGUUCGUUGCAGUGAAUGAUGUAUCCAUUAAUUUUUAUGAGGGUGAAAUCACGGCUUUGCUGGGCCACAACGGAGCUGGAAAAACUACCACCAUGUCUAUGCUCACCGGCAUGAUUCCUUCCGACGCCGGCCGAGUGAUUGUUGAUGGAUACAACAUUUUCGACAACAUGUCGCAGUUCCGUCAAAAUUUAGGACUUUGUCCGCAACAUAAUUUGUUGUUCAGCACUCUGACCGUGAUGGAGCAUCUUACAUUUUUCGGGCUGUUAAAAGGGUUAUCUAAACAACAAGCUCAUACAGAGGCGUUGCAUUUGAUGGAAUUACAGAAUAUCAGCAUUAAAUGUAAUGAUCUACCAGAUAAGCUCUCCGGUGGAAUGAAAAGAAAGCUCUCUCUAGCUAUAGCACUAAUUGGAAGUCCUAAAAUACUGAUGCUAGAUGAACCGACAUCAGGGAUGGAUCCAGAAUCAAGGCGAGAGAUGUGGAACUUACUCUUGAGUAUUCGAGGUGAACGGACAAUUAUUUUAACAACUCAUUUCAUGGAAGAGGCUGACGUCCUAGGGGACCGUAUUGCAAUCAUGGAUCAUGGCCAAGUUAUGUGUUUUGGAACCUCCAUUAUGCUGAAAAAUUUAUAUGGUGCUGGUUAUUAUCUGAACAUUUUAAAGAAGAGGGAUGCCGGACAAAAUCGGGAUGAAAUCACUGCGGCAGUUCAUGAAUACGUAUCAGAGGCAGAAUUGAAAAGUGACGAGGGACCUAAGUUAACGUACGUCAUACCGAUAGAGUCUGUCGAUGCACUCCCAGAUAUGUUUGAGCAACUCGAGUCCUUGAAAGAUGAGCUUGGUAUCGCCAGUAUGGCGGUUGCUUGCACCACUUUAGAGGAAGUUUUUCUCAAGGUUGGAGAGAUUGCAGACGGAGAAAGAGGUGCAGUUGAGAAUGGCACCGUCAAUCAAAGCUUUGAACUUGACAACUCAGUGCAUAAUGCAUCAUCUGAGGUGAUUUAUCGAGAUGAAAAGGAUUACACGAAAAAGAGGAGUAUGGCUCUUUUAUGGCAACAAUUUACAUCAUUGAUGAAGAGAAAGCUGAUAUAUUCCUGCAGGCGUCGAAAAAUGUACCUUAUUUUUGGGAUCGUAGUUUUGUUGGCGUCGCUACUCGCCAGUAGUCUUAUGAGCGGGCAGAAAAAUGCUGAAGUCCCUGGACAACCAGCUCUACCGUUGAAACCGGUUACGUACAGGUCAAUGCGGGUGCAAUAUCGCUCGGCAGACUCGAAUCCUUACACAGCUCAGUUGGAGGAGCUUGCCAAACCACAGACAACUCUAAAGAUCUCCUCCGACGAGGAUCUGGAUACAUAUCUCCUGAGCCAGGCAUACAGGGAUAUCCGCGAGUACUACUACAAAAAUAUGAUGGUGCUGAACGUGAAUAGCACAUCCCUCAUAGUUUUUCACAACCCUGUUGCACAACACUCUUUACCCAUUUGCGUAAAUCUUGCCUAUAAUCUUAUACUAAAGGCGACAACGGGCAGAACGAUAUCUGCUGUGAAUCAUCCUGUGAACCUUAAAAGAAGGGAUUUCUGUCACUUAACUAGUGACGAAAAAAUGAAGUUGGUCAUUUCAAGGAUCUUCAUAUUGUUCCAAUUUUUUGGGACGACGAUGCUUGUGCUCAGUGGCUCUUUCAUUGCACUUCCGAUCCAGGAGCGUCUCAACAACGCUAAGCAACUACAGUUGAUGACUGGUGCUCCUUCCACCCUUUAUUGGUUUACCAUGUUCUUCGUUGAUUACUCCUACUACAUACUCAUUUCUGUACUUUCCGUGCUAAUCUUCCUUUUCAAAGAAAAUUAUAUCGCAGGAGAAGCUGCGGUCCUCUUCUUGAUUACGGCGUUAGCUGGGCUGAGUAACACAUUGUUCUCUUCCGGCGUUGCAUUUUUCUACGAAUCUUACGCUAACGCAUUUUCCUUUCAUAUCAAAAUGAAUUUAAUACUAGGUACUUACGGUGGAGCCAUCAUGUACGCUUUGAUGACGUUGAACGGUUUUCCACAUUCACAGCUUGUAGAUGGCCCGUGGCUGGACUUAGCUGAUGGAGUUCUCCGGCUUUUACCUCAAUACUCGUUUACCUUUUCACUGACCAGUUUCGUAUUAGCCGCCUAUCAGACAGAUGUUUGCAGAACGUGUUCGGAGUCUGAAUGUCAAAAAAUGUUAUUCAUCAGGGACAUGGAGGUUCAGAAAACGAGUUUGAAAUACAAUUUAACUUCACUGGCUCUCUCUGGCCUUUUCCAACUGGCACUAAUCUUCCUUAUGGAAUCAGAGCGUGCGCGAAAACUUCGCAAUUUUGUGUUUAUAUCAAUCAUCGGAUCCGAGCUCAAGGACAAGAAGCAAACAGAUGAAGAUCCGGAUGUUCAAGAGGAAAGGGAGAAAAUUGAUGCAGCAAAGAAUCACCCAGAGCACAGAUCUGAGUACGUGCUAUUGGUGGAUCGGCUGGUGAAGAAGUUCUCGCGAUCGUCGGCGGGGGUGCGCGGGGUGUCGUUCGGGGUGCGCGCCGGCGAGUGCUUCGGGUUGUUGGGCGUCAACGGGGCCGGCAAGACGACCACCUUCCGCAUGCUCACAGGCGACACGCUCCCAACGGCCGGCGACUGCUCUGUCCACUCCGUCCGACUCUCCAGAGACGCCCGCCGCUACUUGGCCCAGAUCGGCUACUGCCCCCAGGUCGACGGCAUCAACGAGUACCUCACAGGCCAAGAACUCCUACGCCACUUCGCGAAUCUGAGAGGAGUGCACAGAUAUCAAAUAGAUCAGGAGGUUGCCAGGUGGGUAACAACAAUGGGCCUCUCGGAGUACGCGAGCAAACUGUCUGGGACGUACUCUGGCGGCAACAAGCGGAAACUAAGCACCGCGAUGGCGUUGAUAGGAGAGCCAAACUUGGUCGUGCUCGACGAACCGACUAGUGGUGUGGACCCGAUUUCAAGAAGGAAACUUUGGGACAUACUAAUCGAAGCUCGGAAAAGAGGUCAAGCAAUCGUGUUCACCUCCCACUCAAUGGACGAAUGCGAGACUCUCUGUGAUCGACUUACGAUAAUGGCGGGUGGUAAACUCAUGUGCAUCGGGAACGUGGAGUACCUAAAACAGCGUUACGCACAAGGCUACACAAUCCAGCUGAAACUGAGUGGCGCGCCUCAAACGGAACUAACUGCCGUCAAGCGGGCGGUGGAACAAGCGUUUGAAGGGGCCAUGCUCAAAGACGAGCACGCUGGGUCUCUACGCUACCACAUUACUACCCCGACGGUAGCUCUCUCUGCGCUGUUUAAUAAAAUGCGAGAAAUUAAAGGAUCCAUGAAUGUUGUUGAAGAUUAUCAAGUUUGCAAUACGACACUGGAGCAGGUGUUCCUGGCUUUCGCCAGAAGCGAAGCCAAAAUAGUCGAGUCCUAAAGCACUCAUGAAACUUCUAUCCCUAUAGAAUUUCACGUUUAUUACGAUUCUUUCUGAGCUUUCAAAGCCUCUUGACGGCUGUGUUACGCUCUU